AUGGCCCAAACUGCUCUUCUUGUAUUAACUGCUUUUGUCACAAUUACAGCCACUUUUCCAUUCCCAGAGGAAGGCAAUACAGACAUGUUUCUUCAUGAAGGCGACAUCAAGUUGUCGCCUGAUCAGCGAACUGCUCUGGAACUUUUUGGUGAUCCAACAGCUCCUUUAGGCGCCAGAGGAAUGACCAAUGAGCAGCACCAUCUAUUUACCUUUUCAGAAGAGAAUCCUACUGCUAAAAGUGUCAUUCUUAGCGCAAUGCGGGAGUGGGAACAAAGCUCGUGCCUGUAGUUUGCGAGAAGAACAACAGAAAAAGACUAUAUUGAGUUUUUCAAAAGAGGCGGGUGUUGGUCAUAUGUAGGACGUCAAGGAGGAAAGCAGCUGAUUUCAUUGGCCAGCGAUUGCUGGUAUCAAGGAACAGUUGUUCAUGAGAUGGGACACGCUUUGAGAUUCUGGCAUGAGCAGAGUCGUCCUGACAGAGAUGACCACGUGGAAAUUGUUUGGAAAAAUAUACCAGAGGACAAGAGGCGCAACUUCAUGAAGUACAAUGCAUCUAAGAUAGAUUCGUUGGGGAUGCCUUACGACUAUUUAUCCGUCAUGCAUUACUCAUCAAAUGCAUUUGGCAUCAACGGCACGACCACUAUCAUAGCAAAGGAUUCGUCGAUCAAACAACUUGGCCAGCGGAUUGGACUUAGGGCGAUGGACGUUAAACAGGCUGACCUACUGUAUAGCUGCAUAGGACCCGAAGACUGCACAUUUGAUGACACUCUUUGCGGAUAUAAAAAUAUCGAUGGCGACGACUUUGACUGGACGAGAAGAAUGGGGAAGACUCCAAGUGGAAGGACUGGGCCAGAAACUGACCACACGACUCUUCGUUUCGGACUUUUCAUGUUCAUUGAGACUUCAAAACCCAGGAAGCUUAAUGACACGGCUUUACUUUGA